UUAAAGAAAAUACUAUUCUGACACUUGUUAAAAGACUUUAUUCUAGCCUCUAGGAGUGUCACCUUAGGGGAGAGAUGGGCUCCACUCAGAGCAGCAAGAUGGACUUUAGGUCAGGAGUCAGGGGAUGGAAAAGGAAACUUCUUGGGUAGGCAGCUUUUAACUAAACUGAUCUCACAGGGAACUCCUGCCCAAAAGGCAGGUCAAAGGCUCAGACCUCAAGAAUGUAUGAGGACUUGACCAGGUGUCUGUGUGGGGGCAACUCAGCAGUAUUCUCUGCAAAGAUGGCUGGGCAGGCUGAAGACAGGAUGGGACCAAGUCUAGACUCAGUGGACAGGAGUUGGAGGAGCCUAUCUAGUAUUUGGUCAAAGAGGGUCUAUGAAGUUUCCAAGAGGCAUUUUUGCUGUUAUUAACAAGGCUAAAAAUGACAGCUGUGGACCCUCCCUAGUUGAACACCAGCUUUUGUCCUCAUCUGUAACCCUACACAGUAGGUAGCUGGGGAGCCUGCCAACACACCAGUACUAAGACCCAGCCACUCCCUAAGAGUUACAGUGGAAACCCUCACCUUGAAUCUGCCCAGGAGCCAUGGAUGCCCUGGAACUUGCCGGAAAGCUACAAGAGGAGGCCACAUGCUCCAUCUGUCUGGACUACUUUUCGGACCCUGUGAUGACCACCUGUGGCCACAACUUCUGCCGGGAGUGCAUCCAGAUGACCUGGGAGCAGGCGAAAGGCAAGAAGGGGAAGAAGAAGCAAAAGGGGUCCUUCCCCUGCCCCGAGUGCAGGGAAAUGUCUCCCCAGAAGAACCUGCGGCCCAACCGCCUGCUGACCAAGGUGGCUGAAAUGGCACGCCAGCACCCCGGGCUGCAGAAGCAGGACCUGUGCCAGGUGCACCAGGAGCCCCUCAAACUGUUCUGCGAGGAGGACCAGAACCCCAUCUGUGUCGUCUGCAGGGAGUCCCGGGAGCACCGGUUGCACAAGGUGUUACCUGUGGACGAGGCUGUACAGGAGUACAAGUUGAAGAUGGAGGAGGACAUGCAGUACCUUCGAGAAGAGGUGACAAAAACAGAGACACUAAAAGUCAAGGAGGAACAGACCUUAACCGAGUGGCAGGACAGAGUGAAGGAACGGAGAGAGCGCAUCCUGGUGGAGUUCCAGAAGGUGGUCCUCUUCCUGGUGGAGGAAGAGCGGAGGCUCCUCCAGGCCCUGAAGAAGGAGGAAGAGGAAACAGUGGCGAGGCUGCAGGUCAGCAAGGCCUCCCUGGACCAACAGAGCCACUCCCUGCACUUGCUGCUCCUGCAACUGGAGGACAAGAGCCAGGAGGAGCCCCUCCAGAUGCUGCAGGAUGUGAAGGACACGUUGGCCAGGAAGAACAGCUUAAGCGUGCAGUACCCAGAGGUGGCCCUCCCCACGGUGCUCAGAACUGUGUGCAGAGUUCCUGGACAGAUAGUGGUGCUCAAAGGUUUCCAAGAAGAAGUAGUGCCGGACCCCACUUCAGCCUACCCCUACCUUCUUCUGUACGAGAGCCGCCAGAGGCGCUACCUGAGCUCCAUGCCAGAGAGCAGCACACCCCACAGCAAGGAUCGCUUUCUGGCCUACCCCUGUGCUGUGGGCCAGAAGAGCUUUUCCUCUGGCAGGCAUUACUGGGAAGUGGGCAUGAACCUUACUGGGGAUGCACUGUGGGCCCUGGGUGUGUGCAGAGACAAUGUGAGCCGGAAGGACAGGGUGCCCAAGUUGCCUGAAAAUGGGUUCUGGGUGGUGCAGCUGUCCAAGGGGAAGAAGCACUUAUCCCUGAUGUCUGCCUCCUCCCCUGUCACACUGAUGGACCCUCCCAGUUACGUGGGAGUCUUCCUGGAUUUCCAGGCUGGAGAAUUGUCCUUCUACAGCGUGAAUGACGGAUCUCACUUGCACACCUAUUCCCAGGCCACUUUCCCCCGGCCCCUGCAGCCCUUCUUCUGCCUGGGGGCUCCGAAAUCAGGCCAGAUGGUCAUCUCCACGGUGACCAUGUGGGUGAAGGGAUAGAGGCCUAGGCGUGGGGUGUGGGGGGUAGAGAUGCUGUAAGUGCCCUGGACUCUCCCAAAGGCAGGACCUUUGAUCACCAUGGCCACCUGCCAAGCUUCUCCCUAUGGCGCUGAGAGCCAUCCCUACACAUGAUUAGUCAAAUGUUGAGAGACUAUAUUGACAGAUGCUUCAUACAUGUAACUUUGCAAAGAGCCUCAACAUUUCCGAGUGGACCGAUUUCUA